CACAGGAAGGAGAACCCACAGCUAUCUGUCGUUGGCGCAGGACAGUUGUAUGCAGCAGAGCCCAGAGUGACAUUGAGACCUGUGUCCAUUACUGCAUCUAUUAUUACUUCAUCAUUAACUUCAUUCCUCUCAGCUCAACUCUAACCCUCUGCUCAGGAUGGCACAUGAUUGGCAGGGAGGUAGAAGUAGGAGUCACCACCGAUAUGAGGAAGAUGAUGAAGAACCCCAGCCAGUGUAUAUUGGUGUCCCGGUAACACACGGUUACAGUAAAAGGAGACGGCGUAAACACCGCUCCCAACGCGAGAAACAUCACACACACCGUGACCAACACACACACCAAGAACACACACACCAUGACCAUCCCCAUGACAACCAGGAACACUACGAAGAUGAGGAGGAGAUGGAACAACAUGACAUAUUUCACCCUGACUCCACAGUGUCCCCGGCGGCGGAGAGGCUGCGUUACAUCCUGGGUGAAGAUGAUGACUUGCCGACGCCCACUCUGUUCACAGAGAUGGACACACUUCAACACGAUGGAGACGACAUGGAGUGGAAAGAGUCUGCUAGGUGGGUGAAGUUUGAGGAGAAGGUGGAGGAGGGAGGAGAGAGGUGGAGCAAGCCCCAUGUGUCCACCCUGACCCUCCACAGUCUGUUUGAGUUAAGGACCUGUAUACAGACUGGCAGUGUACUGCUGGAUCUGGAGGGAUACUCCCUGCCACAGAUAGUGGAUGACAUCGUGGAUCGCCAGGUAGCGGAUGGUCUGAUUGGUCCAGAGCUGAGGGAGAAGGUCAGCUUUGUGUUGCUACGGAAACAUCGCCACCAGCACAAGAAACCCAUGCACCGCUCGCUAGCCGACAUGGGCAAAUCAAACAAUUCCCCCGCCAGCCGUAGUCCCCAGUCUGUUCAUAAUGCCAGCCAUACUAACUUCAGUCGUAGUCCUAGUUCAGCCUCUGGCCUCCAUCGCUCUACAGAAGACCUACGCGCCAAGUCAGGCAGCCUUGCCCGCCUGCAUCAUGCGCAAAGCCGAAGUAUGAACGAUAUUUCAGACACUCCAAGCACAGACCAGUUGAAGAACAAGUUCAUGAAGAAGAUUCCUCGUGAUGCCGAGGCAUCUAAUGUUCUGAUUGGAGAAGUGGACUUCCUGGACAAACCAUUUGUAGCGUUCGUACGUCUGGCCCAAGCUACCACACUGGGAGGCCUGACCGAGGUCCCCGUACCUACCAGGUUUCUGUUUGUCUUGCUGGGUCCUCAUGGCAAAGGCAAGUCCUACAACGAGAUUGGUCGAGCCAUCGCUACGCUCAUGGUGGAUGACUUGUUUAGUGAUGUGGCGUAUAAAGCCCGGGACCGUGACGACCUGAUCGCUGGGAUUGAUGAGUUUCUGGAUGAGGUCAUCGUUCUGCCACCAGGGGAGUGGGACCCCAAAAUACGCAUCGAGCCCCCCAAGAAAGUCCCCUCUGCUGACAUGAGGAAGUCUGUGCUGAACCUGAAUGAGCUAGGCCAGGUGAACGGGACGGCCGGGGGGGCAGGAGGAGGAGAGGACGAGGAGAUGCCCGCCCCCCACGAGCUGGGAGAGGAACUGCAAUUCACUGGCAGGUUCUGUGGAGGUCUGUGGCUGGACAUUAAGAGGAAGGUUCCGUGGAUCCUUAGUGAUUUCUCCCAGGGAUUCCACAUCCAGUCCAUCUCUGCUGUGCUGUUCAUCUACUUGGGCUGCAUCACCAAUGCCAUCACCUUCGGAGGCCUGCUGGGGGAUGCCACAGACAACUACCAGGGUGUGAUGGAGAGUUUCCUAGGUACAGCGUUAGCAGGAACAGUGUUCUGUCUGUUAGGAGGUCAACCUCUCAUCAUCCUCAGUUCCACUGGACCCAUCCUCAUCUUUGAGAAACUGCUCUACGAGUUCUGCAAGUCUAACACUAUAGACUAUAUGGAGCUGCGUCUGUGGAUUGGUCUCCACUCCUGUCUGCAGUGUCUGAUCCUAGUCGCCACGGACGCCAGUUACAUCAUCAAAUACAUCACGCGCUUCACCGAGGAGGGCUUCUCCAGCCUCAUCUCCUUCAUCUUCAUCUCUGACGCCAUUAAGAAGAUGGUGGGAUCCUUCAAGUACUACCCUAUCAACCGUGGCUUCAAGCCUGACUACGUUACCACAUACAAGUGUGAAUGUAUUGCACCAGACCAGGUUCCACUAGCGGACGAUAACAUGACUGAUUUGUAUAACAUAACAGGUCUGGACUGGAGUCAGCUGAGUAAGAAGGAGUGUGUGAAGUAUGGCGGCGCCCUGUUGGGGAACACCUGUAAGUACGUCCCUGACCUGGCCCUCAUGUCCUUCAUCCUGUUCUUCGGGACCUACUCCAUGACCGUCUCCCUCAAGAAGUUCAAGACCAGCCGCUACUUCCCCACCAAGCUGAGAAAGCUGAUCAGUGAUUUCUCCAUCUUCAUGUCAAUCAUGACAUUUGUGGGUCUGGAUAUGCUUGUAGGGCUGGACACACCCAAACUAAUCGUACCCACAGAGUUUAAGCCGACGCGUCCGGACCGUGGCUGGUUGGUGAUGCCGUUUGGUAAGAACCCAUGGUGGGUAUAUGUGGCCAGCGCCGUCCCUGCUCUUCUGGUCACCAUCCUCAUCUUCAUGGACCAACAGAUCAGCGCUGUCAUCGUCAACCGCAAAGAGAACAAACUCAAGAAAGGUUGUGGGUACCAUCUCGACCUGUUCUGGGUGGGGAUUCUGAUGGCAGUGUGUUCCUUCCUGGGCCUGCCCUGGUACGUGGCUGCCACUGUCAUCUCCAUCGCCCACAUCGACUCUCUGAAGAUGGAGAGUGAGUCCAGCGCCCCAGGAGAGCAGCCCCAGUUCCUGGGAGUCAGGGAACAGAGGUUGACGGGUAUUCUGGUGUUUGUCCUAAAUGGAGUCUCCAUCUUCCUGGCUCCUGUCCUUCAGUACAUCCCCAUGCCUGUUCUCUACGGUGUCUUCCUUUACAUGGGAGUGGCCUCACUCGCUGGAAUACAGUUCUGGGAACGUAUAAAGCUGUACCUGAUGCCAGCCAAGCACCAGCCAGACUUCUCCUUCCUGCGUCAUGUUCCUCUGAGGAGGGUUCACCUGUUCACCCUGGUCCAGAUCAUCUGUCUGACUGUCCUCUGGAUCCUCAAGUCUACUGUCGCCGCCAUCAUCUUCCCUGUCAUGAUCCUGGGUCUGAUGGUGGUGCGUAAGAUGAUGGACCUGAUGUUCUCUCAACACGACCUGGCCUGGCUGGACGACAUCCUGCCGGAGAAAGACAAGAAGAAGGAGAAAGGGGGGAAGAAAAAGAAAGACAACAAAAAGACCAAAGCAGCAGAGCCAGAGAGCGACGAGGAGGAGAAGAACGUUUACUCUAGUGUGAAUCCUGAUGACAGUGAGCUGGACCGCAGGUACUGUGUGCUCAAACUGCACGUCCCCUACAGUGACCUGAUACAACCCCCCGUCACACACACCGACUGGGGAGUACACUGCCAGCAGGACCACGACUACGACUACUGACACACACACACACACACACACACACACACACACACACUUACUAUGCCUUCUGUACAAUUACUGACACAUGCUAUGAACUAUUUAGCAAAGUUCCAUUUACUAUUAGCAUUCUUUAGCACUGUUGUCACCUAAAACACUUUAUACACAUUGAAUUUCAUAUAAAUAUAUACAAAUAUUCUAUAAAUUGUAGAUAUGAUGUGAUAUUUAACAUGUAACCAUAUGUCUAUUAGAUUGUUGGAUAGUAGUUAGUCGGCCUGCCGUUGUAUUAUAAGUGUGUUAUGCAACUCUUAAACAUUGUACAAAUCACUGUAGUGGCUGGUAGACAUAUCCAGACACAUGGAUCUGAAGCUGUUGGAGCAUAGAUCGCAGUGUGUGAACUGAGUCUUCUUUUCGCUCAACAUAUUCUCUGAGCUCCAGCACCUGCUCAAAGUCACUGGAUGUUGUGUGUGUAAUGUUUUUCUCUGUAGAUGUGGUUGUGAGGGCGGACUGACAGUGGUUCAAAUACCACAGCCCAUGCACCUGAAAGCAAUGCAGAAGUAGUUUUUGUGUGUUUGUUUGUUUUGAUGAUGUCUUCCAUGUGUUAUUUAUUUACUGUGUGUUGUGUGAUUUGUGGCAGCAACCUCUGUUGUACUAAUGUAAAGACUACUCUGAAGGCACAGUUUGCGAAGGAAGAGUUGUAAUGUUAUAGUAAUGCAAUAUUAUGAUUAUUUUUUUAAAUUUAUUUUACCCCCUUUUUCUCCCCAAUUUCGUGAUAUCCAAUU